UGUGAGAACAGAGAGGUCUAUUAGAGGUCAGUGGGAGCCCUUCUAAUAGCUACUGCACCACUGCCUUUCAGAUAACUGCACCUCGCCACUGUGAAACACAACCUCGACCCUUUGCCAUUUACGCUCUUGCAGAACAGUCAUGCAAGCUCAGGAGGUUCUUAGACAGCUGCGGAUUCCAGAGCUAGAUGACUUCCGACAGUAUGUCCGGGGCUUCCCCACAAAUGCCCUUAUGGGUAUGGGAGCCUUUGCUGCCAUCACCACCUACUGGUUUGCCUCCCGGCCGAAAGCCCUGAAACCGCCCUGUGAUCUCGGACUGCAGUCAUUGGAAAUACCGGGGGGAGAGCGUGCCAGGAGGUCAGUACUAAAUGAGAGCGACAGUGAGUUUGUCACACAUUACUACAGUGAUGCACAAACAAUAUACCAGGUGUUCCAGCGAGGACUCAGAGUGUCAAAUAAUGGACCUUGCCUUGGGUCAAGGAAACCAAACCAGCCUUAUGAGUGGCAGUCAUAUCAAGAGGUGGCGGAUAGAGCAGAGAACAUUGGCUCCGCCCUUCUUCACAGAGGGCACUUCCACACGGGCGACAAGUUUGUCGGCAUCUUUUCACAAAACAGACCUGAAUGGACGAUUUCAGAGCUGGCCUGUUACACAUACAACUUGGUGGUCGUCCCUCUAUACGACACGCUCGGCAAGGAGGCCAUCGGCUACAUCAUCGACAAAGCCACCAUCUCAACAGUGAUAUGUGACGUACCUGAGAAGGCUCAGAUGAUUCUGGACUGCAUCAGCGGGCAGGGGAAGUCAGUGAAAACCAUCGUUCUAAUGGAAGCUUUUGACAAGGAUCUGGUGAGCCGAGGAACAGAAAGCGGGGUGGAGAUCCUCAGUCUGAAGGAGUUCGAGGCCAUUGGCAAAGCUAAUCGUCAGAAACCAACACCUCCCAAAUCAGAUGAUCUGGCAAUCAUCUGCUUUACAUCUGGAACCACAGGGUUUCCGAAAGGGGCAAUGCUCACUCAUGGAAAUGUCGUCUCCAACACAGCAGCAUUCAUUAAAGUAACGGAGAUACACUGCAUGCUGAGCGUCCAUGACAUUCAUGUAUCCUAUCUCCCCCUAGCUCACAUGUUUGAACGGGUUGUGCAGGGUGUGAUCCUUAUCCACGGAGCACGGAUAGGCUACUUCCAAGGGGACAUCCGACUCCUUAUGGAUGAUCUGAAAACUCUGCAGCCAACGGUCUUCCCCGUCGUUCCCCGUCUCCUCAACCGUAUGUUUGACAAGGUUUUCAGCCAGGCCAACACACCUCUGAGAAGAUGGCUGCUGGAUUUUGCGUUUAGAAGGAAGGAAGCAGAGCUGAAAAAUGGAGUGAUGAGAAAGGACAGCAUGUGGGACAAACUCAUCUUCAAAAAAGUACAGCUGAGCCUGGGCGGUCGGGUGAGACUGGUGAUCACAGGAGCAGCCCCCGUAUCUCCAACCAUUCUGACUUUCCUAAGAGCUGCUCUCGGUUGUCAGUUCUAUGAAGGCUACGGUCAGACGGAAUGCACAGCUGGUUGCACCAUGUCCAUGCCUGGCGACUGGUCAGCAGGUCACGUCGGGCCUCCUCUGCCAUGCAAUGCAGUAAAACUGGUGGAUGUGGCAGAAAUGAACUACCUAGCAGCCAACGGAGAAGGAGAGGUUUGUGUGAAAGGACCAAAUGUAUUCAAGGGAUACUUGAAUGACCCUGAGAGAACAGCAGAGGCAAUAGACAAGGAUGGAUGGCUGCACACUGGAGACAUUGGGAAAUGGCUCCCAAAUGGCAUUCUGAAGAUCGUUGACAGGAAGAAACACAUUUUCAAGCUGGCACAAGGAGAGUACAUCGCCCCGGAGAAAAUAGAGACCGUUUGUAACCGAAGCGAUCCAGUGGCUCAGAUAUUUGUUCAUGGCGACAGCUUAAAGGCAUGCUUGGUGGGGAUCGUGGUACCAGAUCCAGACUUUUUACCAAUGUGGGCCAAGAGAAAAGGAUUUGAAGGAUCCUACCUCGACCUGUGCAGUAACAAGGAUGUAAAGGCGGCUAUUCUGGAGGACAUCCUGGUUUUGGGGAAAGAAGCUGGACUAAAGUCGUUUGAACAAGUGAGAGAUAUUGCAUUACAUCCUGAGAUGUUUACUGUCCAAAACGGUCUGCUGACUCCCACCCUGAAGGCCAAGAGGAACGAACUCCGGAAUCACUUCAGAGAGCAGAUUGAUGAACUUUAUGCCAAAAUCAAAAUGUGAGCUGGAACUGAGAAUCCACCACAGCAUGGCCUCCCAACAAACCAAAUCAUUUCUGCAGAAGAUUCAAGCUAUUUCGUAGGAGGUAUUUUAAACAAAUUGUACAGGGGCUCAAGAAAAAAAAAAUCGCAAAGAGAAAAAUUGAGCUUCUCAUAAUUUCAAUGUCAUUUGA